CAAUCUUGCGUUUGGGGUCUGAACUUGGAGCGAGUCUUGUGGUGUGCCAGUCACCAGCGGGUUUCGCUCCUGGCAUGCAGCUAUGUACGUGGAGGAUGCGAAUGAGGAAUUAAUGCGUCUGGUCGGGGCUCCUCUCAUCGAUAACCGUGCUUGGGGUUGCAGUGAGGCCACCUGCGUUGAAGUUGAGCUCUCUCUCGGGUAGCGUUACUAAUGGUGGGACUUAGCGAAAGGUGUGGUCAGGUUGGAGGGAAGCAGGCGUUGGAGCAUCGAUUCAAUCUUGCAGGAAGCGCGGUGAGCACCCAGUGUGCAUCAUUGGAUGUACUGGUAGAACUAGUUUGAUUCUGGGCGGGAGAGCAGUUGUCGAUAGAGAGCAUUUUCUGGACUGUUUGAGUGACGAUUGAGGGCGUGCUGGCCUACCAGCGACUACCCUUUUUAUCUCUUCUGGAAAUAGGUUAUUUGCGUUGGCAUCGAUGGUUUACAAUUCCUGGUGUGAUAGUUCUUACAUUUGCGCUUCAGCAUAGGAGCCUGCUUCAAGGAUGGCGACCAUUGGUUCUCUUCAAAGGUUUGAGGGAACCAUUGUAACAGGAGGAGAGAUGCAAUGACAAUGGAUGCUGCGAAGAUUUAGAACGCUACCGGUUAGGAGAUUAGCUGCUUCGUAAGGCCCAUAGUAGAAUCCGAAGAGUCUUUUUAUUUUGAGAUCAGAGUGAAAUAAUGGUGUUCUCAGUGACCAUGGACAUUGGGUGUUGAACGCGCGGACUUUCUGACAUGAGAUUUUGCGAUUCUAGCUGUUUUUCGAUCGAAAUCUGCUUCCAAUCCGGACGGGAAUGUGAAGCAGUAUGGCUUUCCCCGAACCACCGGAGCUGACUUCACUGUCCAUCCCACGGUUCACUUCGAUUCGGAACCCCGUGACACCGCGCCUGGAGACCAAGAACAACAACAGAAACCCGAGUCCAAAAUCCGUUAUAACCGAUAUGCGCUUCGUUAGUCCGGGAUCGUCGUCGUCUAGCAGCGCCGAACGUCGUACUAUCUCACACUCUGAAAAAAGUCCUAAGAGCCACGCUGGCCGAGGUCGAAGCUACCGACCCUCGGAUGGAGAAUUUGGGGAACCUGCGUCCAGUUUGGACUUCACCGGGACUUCUCGAGAGCUUGACAAGAACGAGAGUUUCCAAUUCGUGGUGUCAUUGCCAAAAGAAAAUCUGCAUCCUGUGAUGCUUGAGGCUGCAAAUGCAUCUGAUCCCACUGCUAGCAAGAUAGGAAGUAGUGAACCGAAAUGCCGAAUUCCCUUUGCUCCGACUGUGAAAUCACCUCGACAAAUACCACUGCCAGCUGCCAUCACAGUAUUAGCCGAACGCUCUGGGGGUAAUUCAAGUAUUCACCGCUCUGGUCCUCGUUCUUUAGUUGCUCCACGAAACAAUCCAAUUUCCAGAGCAAAAAAUCAGGAAGCUGCCAAAAGACAAACUCGUGACGCGCACACGAGCGAGAGAAGAUUUUCCCAAAAGCCCACUACAGCAUCGGAGCGCGUUGCAGAAGACGAGGUUCAGGUUCGUCAAUCUAGUGAGUUGUCAGAUUCAUCGACCUCUUCCAAUAGGCGCUACAUCACAGUAUCCGAAAGGGAAGCCCGACGCAGGGAUCCCAACUCCCAGCCGACAUUCUCAGGGGAGCUUUCUUCGAAUGAAAAAUCACUGGAUAGAGUGGAUUCCGCCAAGACUAGGUCUGUGGGUCAAGGUGCCGCGGCCAACUUUGGGUAUCCAGGGACUCCUUUGCGUUUCUUCCCGGGCUGGCAAGGGAACUCAGAGACACUCCCCACGAACAAUACCCAUUCCUGCCCCUCCACAAGCCCUGAAGUCCAGAAAGGGACGGGAUAUGUUAGCCCUGCAAGCUCGACAGAUGCACAUAUGCGGCUCCGUUCUCAGCACCGGUUCCUGUCUGGUCCGCUCAUGAGCAGCAUGAUUCCGAAGCCUCCUCCGUCCAAGUGGGACGACGCCGAGAAAUGGAUUGUCAGUCCUGUUCAUCGCGAAUCUCCUGCGAAAUUCCAGCACCAGCCACUGCAGGGUCUUUCAGCAAUGGCUGGCAGAAGGCAUUCAAUUACAGGAGCUCAGACUUUACGUUCACAUUAUGGAGUGAGCAGUGUCGAUCACGCAGCCCCUUUAGGAAAGAAAUCUCCGCAACUCAAUAAUGCAUUCCUAAAUGCUGGCAAAGUCGACAGUGGUCCGAAACAGACGACCACAUCUUUGAAGAAACGGACCAAAGCGCUCUCGUUCAGUGAUUUCUCACCAAGAUUCGAUCCUUCUCCGAAGCAUUCUCCUGUUCAGGCUGAGAAACAGGAAAAAUCCAAAAGGAAUGCUGGCGGUAAGAAAUCAAAGUCGGUUUCCGAGGGCGCCCAACUUCAACCCUCUAUCAAUGCCAAGCCUGCAGCUCUGAACCCGAAAAAGACUUCGCCAGCGCAGCAUGCAAUAUCGAGAGAAAAACGUCCGAUUGUUAAGGCACAGAUGGUAGAUAUGCCAUCCAAGGACUUACAGGACACCCAGCCAGCGAAGCAUUCACAUACAGGAGCAGUGAAGGAGGUAACUACAGCCCCUGUGGCUCCAGAUCUUGUCGUAAAUUCCAACCUAGCAAGCUGCACAGACAUGACCACACAUUCAACCUGGGUAGCACCCGCCAGUGGACUUAUGGUCUCUGAUGCUGCGGAGGACAUCCGUACAAGAAGACAGGCUUCUUCUCUUGGUGCCAUUCCCAGGGUAGUUGAUGCGCUUGAGCUUCAGAGCUUCCACACAGUAAAACUGGAACUCAAGAAGGUAACGGGAGAUGAGCAGCCUGCUCUAGAUAGAAGCUUGGUUUGGACAACUCGCGAGGAGGAAGAUCUCCAGUGCGCUGCAAGCCUGCGAGAAGACCCAGAAGAUAUGGAGAAAGUCAAGUUGGCUACCAAAGCCACCGAGUGGGAAGAGGUGGAGCGAGAAAAAUCUACCAAGAGAUUUAAAACCAAAGAAGCUAAGAUUAAGGCUUGGGAAGAACUCCAGAAAGCUCAAGCUGAUGCUGAGAUGAAGUUGACACAGACGAAAGCUGAGAACAUACUCGCAGACGCCACAGAGAAGAUGAAAGGCAGGUUGGCGUUCAUAGCCAAAAAGGCCGCAGAAAUGCGAGCCGCUGUCGAGGCAGCUCGCAACCAGCGAUCUGCUAAAGCAGCAGAGCGGGAGGAGCUGAUGGGUAAAACGAGCCGGCUUUCUCCAAGUCCUCUCACUCGGUCAUCUCUCUCCGCUUUCCGCUGCUGCUUCGGAGGUUGAUUGUCAAUCCUUUCCAUCAAUUAUGAACACUACAAUAAUCUUUUGCGACCUCCUACCACUAUACUGGUCAUUUUUCUGUCUUGAAUAUUUCCUAGUAUAGGGCAAUGUGAGAGUUGGGCGUUCACACAUAGUUGUCCAUCACUUUAUUUGCUGUUUCAGCUGCCAAGCUCCUCAGCGACGAAUCUGUUGAGAAGAUUGGUCAAUUGUGAGAAGGUGAUACAUUUACGCCUUCCCGAUUGCGGCAUUAUUUGCACCAUUCCUUACGAAGUCCCCUUUAUUUCGAUGUAGUGUUCGUACUUUUCUAGAGUAGCCUCUGGAAUUUCCAGUCAUCAGAACCCAUGUAACUUUGCCUCCAAUGAAUGCUACUCUAACCAGGGUGGUUCCAUUUUA